GUCAACUGUCAGCGUUAGACGCAGUCGCAGCCAACUGAACUGAAUUGACCCAACCAGCUGCUGUUUCGUGAAGUUAAGUUGUGUGGUGGUGAAGUUUAAUAAUAAUAAUAAUCAAACAUUUAUAAAUAAACGUAAUUUUUUGGAUACACACAUAUCAGUAAUCAUGUCUAGAAUAGACAUCACUGAACCUCUGUGGGACCAGAGCACCUUCUAUGGCAGGUUCAGACAUUUUGCCUUCAUCUCCAAUCCACUGUUGUCUUUGGCCAAUGAGAAGGAACUGUUGGAAGCCAAGGAGCUUUAUAAUCAGUAUAAAGCUGGAAAGGAGCCGAGUGGCACUCCUAUAGAGAAGGUGAUCCGAGCUAAGCAGCUAUACGAGUCAGCGUUCCACCCGGACAGUGGAGAGUUGCAGAAUGUGUUUGGUCGGAUGUCCUUCCAAAUGCCGGGAGGGUGCCUCGUCACGGGUGCCAUGCUGCAGUGGUAUAGAACAGCAACGGCUGUGGUAUUCUGGCAGUGGGUGAACCAGUCGUUCAACGCGCUCGUCAACUACACGAAUAGAAAUGCGAACAGUCCUCUAACCACGACCCAGAUGGGAGUGGCGUACGUGUCUGCCACAUCGGCGGCUAUGGCCACCGCGUUGACCUUCAAAUUUGUGGUGCAAAAGCGCGCGAAAAAUCCCAUUUUCGCUAGGUUUGUCCCGUUCGUAGCCGUGGCCGCCGCCAACUGGGUAAACAUUCCACUUAUGAGGCAGAACGAAAUUUUGUUAGGUUUGGACGUAACAGACGAGAACGGGAAAAUAAUAGGAAAAUCACAAAUAGCGCCAGUCAAAGGGAUAUCACAAGUCGUCACGUCUAGGAUAGCGAUGUGUUCGCCCGGCAUGGUGCUGCUGCCGGUGCUGAUGCAGCGCCUCGAGCCGCGGCGCUGGAUGCGGCGGCUGCGGCCCGCCCACGCCGGUCUGCAGACUGCGGUCGUCGGCCUCUUUUUAACAUUCAUGGUGCCAGUGGGCUGCGCUUUGUUCCCACAGAAAUGCAAAUUAUCAAUAGACACGAUCAAGCGUUUCGAAAAAGAUAAUUAUGAAGAAAUAUUGAAAAACACAGGCGGUAACCCACCGCAAUAUGUUUACUUCAACAAGGGAUUGUAAAUAUCUAGACAUUUAAAUUAUACAACUGGUCUUAGGCUACCCUAGGUAUUUUGUUUCUUUCAUGUCGGUACAAACUGUCGAAAGAAUGAAAGAGAUAUAUUUAAUAAAGUAACUGUUAUCCCGAGAUGUAUUAAACGCUGCUUAAGAGAAGGCUUAGAAACUCAACGGCAAUAAGUCCUAUAGAGAGAAAUUGAAUCGAUAACUAUUUGUAUGAUUUAUUAUACAUAAAUUAAUUACAACUUUAAAUAAAGGUUGAUUAGGCAAAUUGCCUAAUAGCAGUAGUAUAGUAUCAAGAAAUAAUUAAAAACCACCCAUUGCAUUUUUUAUUAUGAUUUUUUGAUUGAUUGAUUUUUUAUUUUUGACAAUUGUAUCAGCAUAUAUAUUAUAUGCUGAUAUAAUUGUCACUGAGUAUUUUUUAACUUUUCUAUUUUAUUUUCAUAAAUCAUAGUUAAUAUAGGUGUUCGUUUCUCAAUAAGUAUAUUUUUUAUGAUUGAUUUUAUUAAAUAAGAAAUACUAAUUAUUUUAUAUUUUGUUUUACAUUUUUUUAUGUGUGUUUCUGUUAUUAUAUGAAUAACAUUAAUUUACACUUUGGGUAGCGUAUUUAUAAUUAAAAUUUAAGGAAUAUUGCAACUAAACAUGUUUGACUAAUCUAUGAUACGGUGUAUUUGUAUAUUACAAUCCUGGAAUUUAUUUUUUUAUUAAUAUUUUUUAGUUAGUAAGUACAUAUUGUUAAAUGUGAAUUUUUCGAUUUGUUAUUUUUUCAUAAUUUGAUGGUCAUAUGAUAAGUUAUAGUAAAUUGCACAAUUGUUUUGCAAGGUACACUUAAAUAAUUUUUCAAAAUAAAAUAUGUAGGUGCCAUAUUAAUUUGUCAAAGAUAUAAAAUAGUUUUUUUUUUUUAAUCAACUGGUGUCUUUGGUCAACUCAAGUAAUUUACAUUUAACAUUCCAAAUGAAAUAUGCGCUUCUUCAGAUCGAUUCCAUGUGAAAUUAAGUUCAUAUAUAAUAACAAAAUAUUUUAAUUCUAGUCUGUAAUUAGCUGCUCAAUAUGCUUUUUAAAAUUUACUUGUAAAGUAUUAUCCAAACGAAUGUCGUUGUCGAAUAUCUACUUAAUUUGUUUAACAAAUAAAUUUUAUCUAUACUAUUAUUAUAAAGAGGUAAGCGUUUUUGAGUUUCUAUGUUUGAGGCGGGUAAUCUCCGAUCCGAUUUCAAAAAUUCUUUCACCAUUAGAAAGGUACAUUAUCCAAGAUUGCUAUAGGCUAUAUUUUAUCUCAAAAUUCUCACGUGAGCGAAGCCCCGGGCAACAUCUAGUUGUUAAAUAAAUUAUUAAUAUUAUAUUUUCUUUAUGUUUAUGUUCAAAUGUACACGCUUCAGUGUCGGUAUUUUUAAGAAUGGAAAAAAUAUACCAUAGCCAUUUGUUUUUGUUGAGUUUUAAAUCAAAGUAUUAUAUUAUAGGAGUGUUGGAAUAUCAUUUUAACAUUUUUAUGUGAUGUCUUGUGUCCAAAUCCUAUUUGCCUAUCUAUAAAAAUUAAAGUAUAAAUUAAUGGACAACUAGUCAACUUUUUAUUUUUUUACGUUUGCAUCUUGUGUUUUUUUUUUUUCGAAAAUUGUAUUUUGUCAACGUCAUUUAUUAUUUUGCGUUUUUACUUUAUUCGCUUUUUACAUAGCUGAAGUAUUCUAUAAAUAAAUUAUAGUUUUUACUACAUACCUUUAAAAUUAUUAAAGGCUAAGAAAAACUGUGAAACUUUAUUAUAAACAUUUUUAUUGUUUCGAGUUUUUAAUAUUUAUUAGAAAACUGAAUUAAGUAUAGUUUAGGCGUGGACUGGUUCUGUAAAAUUAUAUUGUUUGUUGCAUUCUAAAGCUGUGACAAUAAAAACUAGAAUGAUUU